AAAGUGAAUUCAAGAGGUGGGCUGGAAGAAGAUAAAAGAAAAAAGUAUUCAGUUUAGAGACGAUUCUCGGAUUUCAAACUCCACUCUUCGCCGGAAUUUGGGAUUCCAUUUCAAGUCCGGUCCUUAGGUUUUUCCCCUUUUUCCGACUUCUUACGAUUCUCGAGCGUAGAGAAACAGACAACAAUCACAUGAAAAGAUUAGGGCUUUUCAUGAGAUUAGGGAAUUGCUGAUAUUAGGGUUUUUUCGGAGGGGUUUCUUUUCUGUUCUUUUGCUUGAAUUUUAAGUUUAUUUGAGGGACGAAUUUGGGAAUUCGCUAAAUGUUAACGCCGCAGAAGAAGGCUUGGUCUGGUUGGUCGUUGACGCCAGGGAAGAAACUGGACGAGUCAAGUUCGGAUCCUAACUCCAACGGGGUUGCUGUGGGGAAAAGGAAAGCAACGGCUUUUGCUGAGCCCGUCACGCCUGAUGGGAACGCCCUAGGGUUAGAGGACGACGAAGGGGUUGCCGAGAAAGUUCAAAGACUUGAAAAUGAGCUUUUUGAAUACCAAUACAACAUGGGACUGCUUUUGAUUGAGAAAAAGGAGUGGAUGUCCAAGUAUGAAGAACUCAAUCAAGCACUGGUGGAAAUCAAGGAUGCUCUCAAGCGGGAACAAGCAGCUCAUUUAAUUGCAAUAAGUGAUGUUGAGAAGCGUGAAGAGAAUUUGAGGAAGGCCCUUGGCGUGGAGAAACAGUGUGUGAUUGAUCUUGAUAAAGCCUUACGAAACAUGCGUUCAGAAAAUGCAGAAAUAAAAUUUACUGCUGAUUCGAAGCUUUCUGAAGCAAAUGCUUUGAUUGCUAGUGUUGAAGAGAAAUCCUUGGAUGUGGAGACAAAAUUGCGUGCAGCUGAUGCAAAACUUGCUGAGGUAAGCAGAAAGACUUCGGAGAUUGAGAGGAAGUCACAGGAGUUAGAGUCCCGUGAAAAUAUGCUUCGGAGGGAACGCCUCUCCUUUAUUUCAGAGCGGGAAGAACAUGAGGCUACUUUCUCCAAACAAAGGGAGGACUUGUGGGAAUGGGAGAAAAAAUUGCAAGAUGCAGAAGAGAGGUUAGCCAAAUCUCAAAGAUACGUCAACCAGAGAGAGGAGAGAGCAAAUGAGAAUGAUAGACUCUUUAAGCUAAAGGAGAAGGAUCUUGAAGUGACACAAAAGAAAAUUGAUGCCGCCAACCAAACUUUGAAGGAGAAAGAAGAUGAUAUAAACAGCAGGCUUACAAAUUUAACUUUGAAAGAAAAGGAAUGGGAUGCUGUGAAGAAGAAGUUAGAGAUGAAGGAGGAGGAGUUACUUGUCAUCGAAGAAAAUUUGAAUGCUAGAGAGAAGGCUGAGAUUCAGAAGCUCAUGGAUGAACAUAAUGCCAUUCUGGAUGAGAAGAAGCGUGAAUUUGACCUGGAAAUUGAUGAAAAGAGGAAGUCCGUGGAUGCAGAUCUCAAAAGCAAGGUGAUUGAAGUUGAGAAGAAGGAAGCUGAGGUCAAACACAUGCAAGAUAAGGUUUCUAAACGAGAGCAUGCAUUAGAUAAUAAAUUGGAGAAAUUAAAAGUGAAAGAACAGGAACUUGAACUAAAAGUGAAAAAUCACAAGGAAAGGGAGAAGACCGUUGUCUCUCAGGAAAAGGAUUUAGAAAUUGAGAAGCAGCAGCUGGUUGCUGAAAAGGAAGAACUUUUGAGCCUUAAGGCUGAAGUUGAGAAGAUAAGGGUGGAAAAUGAAGAACAACUUCUGAAGAUACAUGAGGAGAAGGAUAGGCUUAUGGUAACUGAAGAAGAGCGUUCUGAGUAUCUUCGAUUGCAAUCAGAGUUGAAGGAAGAAAUAGAGAAAUGCAGGCAUCGAGAAGAACUACUUUUGAAGGAAACUGAGGAUUUGAAACAGCAGAAGGAGAAUUUUGAAAGAGAAUGGGAUGAGCUAGAUGAGAAAAGAACACAAAUUGAGAAAGAGCUGAAGAAUAUCAGCCAACAGAAGGAAAAAUUUGAAAAAGAAAACCUAGCUGAAGUGGAAAGGUUAAAGAACGAGAAGCAGGUAACUGAUGACUAUAUAAAAAGGGAGCUGGAAGCUCUUGAAGUUGCCAAAGAAACGUUUUCUGCCACCAUGGAACAUGAGCAGGCAGCGAUAGCUCAGAAAGCUGAAAGUGAGAGAAGCCAAAUGCUUCAUGACCUUGAGCUUCUGAAAGGAAAACUUGAGAGUGAUAUGCAAAAUAGACUUGAGGAGAUGGAAAAGGAUUUAGGAGAGAGAAAAAAAUCAUUUGAGGAAGAAAAAGAGAGAGAACUAGACAAUAUUAACUACAUAAGAGAGGUAGCUAGGAGAGAAAUGGAAGAGUUGAAGCAAGAAAGACUCAAGAUAGAAAAAGAAAGGCAAGAAGUUAAUGCUAAUAAGAUGCAUCUGGAAGGGCAGCAAAUUGAAAUACGGAAAGACAUUGAUGACCUGGUGGAUCUCAGCAAGAAAUUGAAGGAACAAAGAGAACAACUUAUCAAGGAGAGAAACCGAUUUAUUUCAUUUGUUGAGAAAUUUAAGAGUUGCAAGAAUUGUGGUGAAAUUACGUCUGAAUUUAUGCGCUCUGAUCUACAAUCUCUACAAGAAAUAGAGAAUGAGGAAGUCUUUCCCCUUCCGACUUUGACAGAUGAUUAUAUCAGUAGAAAUGUUGGAAAUUUGGCUGCAUCUGAGAGGCAGCAGGAGAUGUCUGCACCUGUAGGCUUAGGCUCUCCAGUUUCUGAUGGAACAAUGUCAUGGCUUCGUAAAUGCACCUCAAAGAUAUUCAAAUUCUCCCCCAGUAAAGACACAGAGCCUCAUGCUAUAACAAAACUGAAUACAGAGGCCUCUCUCUCUGGUCAAAUGGAUAAUUUGGAAGGCACGUCGAAAACUGAACAUGAGCCAGAUCUAUCUUUUGCUGCUGCAGCCACAUCUUUGGAGAUUCAUGGGGUUCAAUUAAACUCCAGCCGAAGAGACGUGGAUGUUGGUCAUGACCUUUCAAUUGAGAAUCAGAGCAACAUGGAAAGUAAAGAAGUGGAAGUGCUUGGAGAUUCUCAAACUUCUGAUUUAAAUCGUGGAAAGCAGGUUCGCAAGAGAGGCAGGGCUGCAGCUAAAAGAACACGCUCUGUGAAGGCAGUUGUAAAAGAUGCUGAAGCUAUUCUUGGAAAAACUUUAGAAUCAAAUGAGAAUAAUUCUGGUCAUGCCAAUACUGAAAGCAGGGGUGAAUCUGGUCUCGUCGAUGGGGGGGCAUCUAGAAAUACACGGAAGCGAACUCGUGCUCAAACAUCUCAAACAGAAGACACUGAGCAAGGUGGUAAUGACAGUGAAGGACAGUCUGAUAGUGUUGUGGGAGGCCAGCGAAGAAAGAGGCAACAGAAAGUUGUUCUGGCGAUGCCUAUACCUGGCGAGAAAAGAUAUAAUCUUCGACGGCCCAAAACCGGGGUCAGAGUCUCUAAAGAUGCAGCAGGUCAAGUUAACAGUCCCAAAGCUCCCAUGUCUGUGAGUGAAAAUGGAGAUGCAAGCGAGAAUGGUGGAGCAGGCUUUCUGCAGCAGCAUAAAACAGCUGUGGAUGCUAAGGAUGAUCAUGUGGGCGCAACCAAAACCAUGGAUGUGAAUACCGCAUUAAGUGAAGAGGUGAAUGGCACACCCGAACAGGUUGGUGAGUAUGCUGAUGGAAAUGACUACAGGAGUGUGUCGCAUGGUGAAGGGCACAAUGAUGAGGGUGCGGACUACGAUGAUGAAAACGAAGAAGAUGAUCUCGAGCAUCCUGGUGAAGCCUCUAUAGGAAAGAAGCUUUGGAAUUUUUUCACGACGUAAUGAAGUGAACCAUAUUCCCGAGGUUGGCAAAUAUCAGGAAGACCCUUGAUUGUUAUCAGCUGUUUAGGUUUGCUGGUAGGAACGCGUUUUCUAGUAGUGUGUAUUAACAAUUUAUGUGUGUCAUAAUCAGGAAAACAAUUUAUUCAGGAGGGAGAUUGGGUUUUCUUCACUUUUUUUCUAGUUUCUUGUAUUUCUUUUGUAGUAGGGCUAGAUGAUUUGAUGAUGUAGCAACGAUUGGCUUCUUCAACCAUAUUGUUUGUACCAAAUAGUACGUGUGUUUUUCAUAUUGACUGGAAUUAUGGUCCGAAUUCUGUC